UUUUCAGUCAAUUUUCAGUGAUUGGGCUCUUUGCCCAGAUCUUAUUGUAUGUUUGCCUCAGAGAAUAAGGGAGUAUAAAUAUGACAUCCCAUCCUCUCUUGUGCCACCUCCACAAUCCCACUGCAAUUGCUACGACCAUUGCUUGGUGGAGAAACAAUUCAAGAUCAUAACUUUUUCUUUGGCUUAAGAUUCUGUAUUUUGAUUGAGUAAUUGAUCGACUGGUUUUGCUGGGAUUUCCAAUUUAUUUGCCAGUGAUUUUGGUUGUUGGAGAAGUUUUAUUGAAAUGGGAGACGUAGCAAAGGACUUAACCGCAGGUACUGUUGGAGGGGCUGCUCAACUGAUAGUUGGUCAUCCAUUUGACACCAUCAAGGUGAAGCUCCAAAGCCAGCCGACUCCUUCUCCUGGCCAAGCUCCGAAAUAUACAGGCGCUAUGGAUGCUGUGAAGCAAACAAUAGCUGCAGAAGGUCCUAGAGGUUUGUACAAAGGUAUGGGGGCCCCACUUGCUACUGUUGCCGCUUUCAACGCCGUACUCUUCACAGUUAGAGGCCAAAUGGAAGCCUUGUUGAAAUCUGAACCUGGUGUACCCCUCUCGAUUGGCCAACAAGUUGCUUGUGGUGCUGGGGCUGGACUUGCCGUCUCGUUUUUAGCUUGCCCCACAGAAUUGAUCAAGUGCAGGCUACAGGCCCAAAGUUCCCUAGCUGGAGCCGGGACAGCUGCAGUGGCCGUGAAGUAUGGGGGACCAAUUGAUGUAGCAAAGCACGUUCUAUCAGAAGCGGGUGCACGAGGUCUUUUUAAAGGCUUGGUUCCUACUUUAGCCCGUGAAGUCCCAGGUAACGCUGCAAUGUUUGGUGUAUAUGAAGCUGUCAAACAAUUCAUAGCCGGUGGACACGAUACUUCCAGCUUAGGGAGAGGCUCGUUAAUAUUAGCCGGAGGUAUAGCCGGAGCUUCCUUUUGGUGUUUUGUGUACCCUACUGAUGUGGUAAAAAGCGUAAUCCAAAUCGAUGAUCAUAAAGCACCCAAAUAUUCUGGCUCAAUCAACGCGUUCAAAAAGAUACUAUCUACCGAGGGUGUGAAAGGAUUGUACAAGGGAUUCGGUCCUGCGAUGGCUCGAAGUGUACCAGCAAAUGCCGCUUGUUUCUUGGCAUAUGAGGUUACUAGGUCUAGUCUAGGGUGAUAUUAAUGUGUACGAUAAAUUUAUAAUUGGGCUUGUACAUUACAAGACCCGCACAAGAGGAAAAUUGAUUGCACACAAGUCAGAUGAGGUUCCAUCCUAAAACUAAUUGGUAAUAAGAUGAGAGUGAUAUUAAUUCUUCGAUAUGGGAUCACAUGUGGGUUAUUUUUCUAAUAAUAUGCUGUCAUUUUCGUAUA